CCCGAGCGCUCAGGUCCGAGUUGGGUCAGAACCGCUCUGGGAUAAGGCCCGGCCUGGGGUCAGAGCUCCGCCAGCUCAAAGAGCGCCCCGGCCGGAUCAGAACCCAGCCGGGACCCGCGAGAAAGGGAGGAGUUCGGCUCUGUCCCCAACUUGUCGCCCUCGGGCUAAAGGGGAGGGAAAGAGGCAGAACUAGCUGUAAAGUCACAUUGGUAUUGGGGGACUGGGCACAACCGGGUCAGAACAGAACUGGGAGACGUGAGCCCAGGGAGGAAAACUGUAUCAGAGCCAGACAAUCACCCUUGGGCUGCAGGGGCCAGGCCAGGCCAGAACUAAAUUGGGGGCAGAAGAGGUGCAUGGGUCAGGAACUGAGCCCUGGAAGGGAAGACAGUGGAACUUAGUCAGUUUAAACCCAGUUGAGUCUGAAAUCAAGGAGGACUGAUCCCAGAACUGAACUGGGUCUGCUUGUGGGCCAGAGAGGUUUGAACAGAGCCAGAUCCUUAUGGAGUGAAAGCGGGGGAGCUGUGUGUGUUUAGGGGUGAGACAGCGAUAACCACAACAAGGGGUUUUGAAUUGGAAACGAAGUGAAGCAAAUCUGAGACAGUUUGUGUGAUCAAGACCCAAACUAUGUUGAAGAAGUCAGAGUAGGGGAGAGGGAACAACACUAUCUGUGCCAAAGCUGGUUGGGGAGGAGAGAGGAUCCUUUACCAACCUAGAGACCCUCCCUGGCACUAGGCAUCAUCCAAGAGACUUUCUGCAAGGAAGUUAGUGAAUCUGAACAGAUCCCAAGAACAAGGAAAUUUUAGAGAACAGCAGAGCUGAGCAAAUGAUACUGAACCACAUCUGGAUCUGGUCUAGAGCAUGAGUGGGAGACAAUUGAGUAUGAAAGAAGUGAAAGGUUGUGCACUGGCACUGGGAUUUGUAAAUGGAAGAGGGAAAAAAUUAUUUCCGACUGAAAUUGCAUUAAUUGGCGAAAGAGUGAGUGAGUGAGCUGUGAGUUUCUCUGAGCUGGGAAUGGACUAGGUCUGAGAGAGGCCAGCUGGAGUGAGCCCACUGAAAAGACAGCCCGGCAAAAUGUGACUGAUCCUUGCCUGACAGAGCUUCUCAAAGCUGCAGAUCUGUAUUUUACAGAAUCAGAAUCAGUCCAGAGACAGAGCUGAUGUAAAGGGGCUGCACAAGAGGACGAAGUGAAUCCUUUGGAUAUAAACAGCAGAGAGAAGGUGAUCCCAUAAUGCCAAGGGAAGUGCACGUCUGAGCUUGCAUGCAGCGGGGACUGAGGCUGGAAUUGUCACAAGGGGGCAGAUAUGUUAAUCAUCUAGUACUGGGCAGUGUCAGAAGCAACGUCCUGAACCAAAUGGACCCUAUGUCUGAUCCAGCCUGGCAGUUCCUCAGAGGAGCCGUUCAGAUGCUGCCAGAUGCCACCAGAGGAGAGCUGAUUUGGAGGCAGGCGGACAGGGAGAUGUUUGGACGGGAUGUCACUUUGGAUCUGACAUCUGAGUAAGUGUCCCCCCGCAUGAGACUUCAACUCUGAGCGCAGGCUGGUGACUCGUUGUCGCACCCAAGCAGGAGGGAGGAUGACGAGCACAGCUCCAUCUAAGAAGCCUUACCGCAAGGCGCCGCCACAGCACCGCGAGAUCCGCCAUGAUCUGCCCAUCCUUCGAGACGACCAAGACUGCGUGAUUUUGGCUGAGCAGAGUCAGGAGCCCUUGACGGAUGCAGAAAGGAUGAAAUUGCUGCAACAUGAGAAUGAGGAGCUGCGCCGGCGGCUGGCCUAUGUCACCAACAAGAUGGAGGCGAUGGAGAGGGAGCUGGAGUCCGGCCAGGACUACCUGGAGCUGGAGCUGGGCCAGAACCGCGAAGAGCUGGAGAAAUUCAAGGACAAAUUCCGCAGGUUACAGAACAGCUACACUGCUUCACAGAGAACCAAUCAGGACCUGGAGGAGAAGCUGCAUACCCUGGCCUCUCUCAGCCAAAGCUGGAUUUUUGCAAUAAAAAAAGCUGAGAUGGACCGGAAGACCCUGGACUGGGAGAUUGUGGCGCUCACUAACAAGCUGCUAGAUGCCAAAACUACCAUCAAUAAACUUGAGGAGCUCAAUGAGCGCUAUCGGCAGGACUGUAACCUCGCAGUGCAGCUGCUCAAGUGCAACAAGUCCCACUUCAGGAACCACAAAUUUGCUGAUCUUCCCUGUGAGCUGCAGGACAUGGUCAAUAAGCACCUGCACAGCACCCAGGAGUCCCCAGGCCCUGGGCAGGAGGCUGCACAUACCCUGGCCCCAUCUGACGUUGUGCCCACCUCAGUUAUUGCCAGAGUCCUGGAGAAGCCCGAGUCACUGGUCCUGAACUCUGCCAAAUCCAGCAGCGGCAGCUGUCCCAUGGCUGAGGAUGUCUUUGUGCACGUGGACAUGAGUGGAGCUCUGCUGGAUGCCUACCCCAGCACAGGGCUGCCUGGGAAGGAGGGAGGGGAAGUGGGGAAGCAGCAGAACGGGGGCUGCAAGCCACAGAGCAGUGUGGAGAGCCUGCCAGAGGAGGUGCCUGCCUUUGAGAAGCUGAGCCCCUACCCUACACCCUCCCCUCCCCACCCCAUGUACCCAGGGCGUAAGGUGAUUGAGUUCUCUGAGGACAAGGUGAGGAUCCCAAAGAACAGCCCCCUGCCCAACUGCACCUAUGCCACGCGACAGGCCAUCUCCCUGAGCCUGGUGCAGGGCGAGGACGAGAGCAGCGAGAGGCACCGGACGCUCCCUAACAGCCCUGUCUCAGAGGGCCGCCACUCAGCCUCCAGCUGCUCCUACCAGCCAUCUCCCAAGGCGGCUCGGGCACACGGCUCCUCGCAGAGCAGCCCUUUUAGCAGCCCACCCCAGAUCCCCAGCGCCUUCGCCAGCUCCGCCAGCUCGGAGGAGGACCUCCUGGCCAACUGGCAGCGGAUGUUUGUGGACAAGGCGCCCCCCGCUUCAGAGCAGGUGCUGGUGAGCCGCACCUCCUUCAGCCGUGACAUGGCCCCGGAGCUCCAGAAGCGAUUCAGCCGCUCCAUGCAGGAGUUGGGCAGGGCGGCCUCGGCCUACUCGGAUGGCGAGGAGUCUGCGCAGAGCUGCAGCUGGACCGUGAGCCGGGACUCGAGUGUGGACACAGACAGCACUGAGUCCCGAGCCCGCAGGAGCCAUUUCUCCUCCGACUACGGCAUGGACUUCUCCCAGGAUGAAGCCCGGAAGCUGCUCCAGGGCAGUGGCGGGGGCACCACUGAGCCCAGCAGCCCCCUGCCAGAGAAGCACAAGGACUAUGUGGACCUGGGCUCACCUGGGAGCCCGGCUGAGGAAAGGGAAAUGCUGCUGCAAGCAAGCAAGGAGAGCAGCCCAGGGGGAGCCCUGGAGGAGAGCGGGGAAUGCAGGAGCAAGCCUCCCUCAGGGCGGCCACACCGCAGCCCCAAGAGGAUGGGGGUCCACCAUCUCCAUCGCAAGGACAGCCUGACGCAGGCCCAGGAGCAAGGCAACCUUCUCAACUGAGGCUGGGCAGGGAGCAGUGCCCCGGGGCAAUGCUGUAGCUGCCUUAUCACUCACGGGGUUGGUGUCCCCGGCACCACGCAUGUCCCAGAGGGCUGCAGGCUCCACUCCCACCUUAUAUUUAUUCUGGUUUGAUACUCUGAGGCGUCAGGAUCUUGCCGGCGUUCUGCAUCCACCAAACCAGAACACACACUUGGGGGCUCGCUCGGCCUGGCAUGCAUGCCCAUGCCUGUGCUCACCACUCGUCUGGUGCCUGCCGUCACACUCAAUCUUCCAGCCUCACCCUGGGGCCCAUGCCCUUACUCACCCUGGGGCCUGGGCCUGCCCUCAGACUCAUGCUCACAACCUUGCCUUGGUGCCCAUGCCCAUGCUCUCAUUUUCAGGCUGAUGCCCAUGGCCCUGGCCCUACUUGUGCUGGUGCCCAUGGCUGCUCUGUUCCUACCUUUCAACGUGUGCCAACAAGUAGAAACUCUUUGCCCUGGUCUUAUCUGAUCCCCAUGAGCCACUGCAGGGUGAGUGGGGCAUGAGGACUGCCCUGGGGGGUGGGUGCUCCUUGCUGCCUGGCCCCCUGCUGUGGGUCAGGAGCAUUGAGUUGGGGACGGUUGUUUUGCUAUUUUUUGUUCCCCCCCUGCUGUUAUGUUGAUCUCUGUGGAAACUGGCGUUCGUGGCUGGCUCUCCCUUAAAGCUUCCUCUGCAGAUCUCUGCUGCUUAGCUCCUGGGCCUGGCCCAACAUGUGGCUCAUGCAGAGGCAAUGCCCUGGGAGAGCCCCAGGGAGAGCCCCAGUUCCCUCUGCCAUGGAACUGGGCCAGAGCUGCCCCCAGCAGUUGCUCAGCGAGGCUGGCCUGCAGAGUUCCCAUGGCAGUGGUUUCUGUGCUGUGGGUUGGAUUGGUCUUUCUACUCCAGCAGAGCCAUAUGGACUCCAGGGCAGGAUUUUACCCCAGGAGAGCAACAAAUAAAAGACAGUAGCAAGCUGUUUCUGGGCAGUGCCCUAGCAAGGGCUCUGGGGAGAGAGGGAGACCCCUGAGGAGCACAGCUUAUCGCUGCUGUGUGCAGACAUGGUACCUCAUGGCUCAGCAGUGGCCCUUUGGGGAGGCCCCUGUGCAUGUGCACUCCUCCCUCUGGCUGGAUCCCGGGCUGGCUCCGGUGCCCGUCCAAGGCCUCUCCACUGGCGGGGCUGGAGUUGUGUGUUUGAUUUUCCUCGUGUUCAGUGUUGGUACGAUUUUCCUUUUCAGUGUUCAUGUGCUCAGUGUCCCUGGGGCAGGGAAGGGGAGAAGUCGGGACUGUAGAUAUUUUAUUUGGGGGAUACAGCCCCAGUGUCUUGUUAUGAGUUUCCUUUUCUCUCUGGAUUUUUAUCUCUCCACUCCGAAGGUGUAACCCAGCACAUUGGCAUGGUCUCUAUGCUGCUGCCUUGGGCCGGGGGACCCCUUCCCUUGGCUGUGGUGGGUUUGAAGCUGGAGCUGUGGUGUCUUCCUUCAGUGAGAGCGAGCUGCUGCCCUGUGCUUCGCUAUGUAUGGAGGAUGCAGCCUCUCUCUGCAGGAAGGAAGCUCCCAUUCAGACACAGCAAGAGAUGCUGCCCUGGGGCAGUGUCCCUCCCUAAGCCCCUCCAUUUGUGGCUGGUGGCAGCCAGGGCCAAAGCUUUGCUCUCAGCUCCAGUCUGGAGGCUGCAGGGCAUGUGAAAGCAGGGCCAUCCUUAGGCAUAUGCAGCUGCGUAGAGCAUCGUGGCAUUUGGGGCACCAAAUUGCCCCAGAUAUCAUGGUUCCCUAGGCAGCUGCGUGUUGCAUACAUGGUAGCACCAGCCCUAUCCCCUGGCCGGCCUUCCCAUGGGCUGCACCCACUAUAAGGGGCAGGGCCAUCCCUAGGGGGCUAUGGGGCCCUGGACAACUCCCUCUGCCCCACCUCCUGCCCUUUCCACCUCUU